AAUGGGCACAUUAAUUAAUAGUCUGCCUCCCGGUCUGGGGGUAUACCAGUUCUCGUCCUCGUCCUCUGGCCAGGGCCAGGGACAGGGCAAGCCCGAGACAUUCAAGUCAUUAACCCCACCGAAGCAGGGACCCAACGGUGAGCACUUGUUCGUACGGCAUUUCCACGAACGGGAUCGCCUCAUCCGGGAGCACCAGCUGAAGCAGCAGCUAUUGCGUGACGAGGAGCUCUCCCUGGAAGCACCAGCCCCCUGCCACAACCAGCCACAACAGGAGGAGCAGCCACAACGGGGAACCGGAACACCCCCGCCCGUGUUGUUGGAGCAUAACCAUCAUUGGCAUGGUGUCGUCUAUGAUGGCAAUGGCCAUGCCAGGAAGCUGUUCGGCAUUGCCCCAACGCCAGCACAGCAGCCCGAGCCCCCGCCGACGCCGCAGCCAGCCGUCCAGCCAGUCAGGCAAGUCCUGACCUCGUCCGCAUUCUCUGCCAUGGCGGAGCCGCCCAAGGACCUCAUCAUUUACGAGCAGCCACCAAACGGUGGACGACAUUGUCGUCCCGCCAACAAAGUUAUGCGACACAUGUCCAACUCGCCCACUCCGCCAUCGCCGCUGCGUUCUCUAUCAGACUGCGGCAAGAGCUUCGAGGAGGAGGAACAGGAGCUGGGCGACUGCGAGCUGCCACAGAAUCUGAGCAGCAAGAGGCGCCAGGCCAGAGAUCUCGAUCCGGAGCUGGAGAACGAGGUGCUCAAUCUGGCGCCGCCACCAAAGAGAAUGGCCCUGACCACGCCCCUGGCGGUGGAAACGAAACCCGCCCAGGAGGAGCAGCCGGAGGAGCCGGAACCAGAGCCGGGGGCAGUGCCACAGCAGCCGCUGCUGGACUUUGCACCCGGCCACAUGCAUCAGGCACUGCAGCUGCAGCUCCACAGCUACAUUGAGAUGGUGCGGCAGCUGGCGCCGGAGGCCUUUCCGAAUCCCAAUCUGGCCUCACAGUUCCUGCUGCAGAAUUCGCUGCAGGCGCUGGCCCAGUUCCAGGCGCUGCAGCAGCUCAAGCAGCACUCGCCCCAGAACUACUCGACGCCGCUGAGCAAGUCGCCGCUGAGGAGUCCCUCGCUGAGUCCGGUGCCGCGGCACAACAGCAAGUCCGGGCAGCAGCGAACGCCACCGAAUUCCAUGUCCGCCAACAGUCUGGGCAUGAGCAGCACAGUGAUGACGCCGAACACCCCAAGCAUGCAGCAGCAACACCAUCACCAGCAGCAGCAACACCACCACCAGCAGCAGCAGCACACAUCCUCCUCGACGAGCACGCCGAAGCCACCAAGCGGCAUGACAGUGGCCACGGCCAUGGCCAAGCUGGAGCAGUCGCCCGAGGAGACCACCGAUCUGGAGGAGCUGGAGCAGUUCGCCAAGACCUUCAAGCAGCGCCGCAUCAAGCUGGGCUUCACGCAGGGCGACGUGGGUCUGGCCAUGGGCAAGCUGUACGGCAAUGACUUCUCGCAGACGACCAUCUCGCGCUUCGAGGCGCUCAACCUCAGCUUCAAGAACAUGUGCAAGCUGAAGCCGCUGCUCCAGAAGUGGCUCGAGGAUGCGGACACGAGUGUGGCCAAGUCCGGCGGUGGGGUGUUCAACAUCAACACAAUGACCACCAAUCUGUCCAACACGCCGGAGAGCAUACUCGGGCGCAGGCGCAAGAAGCGCACCUCCAUCGAGACGACCGUGCGGACGACGCUGGAGAAGGCCUUCAAUAUGAACUGCAAGCCCACCUCGGAGGAGAUCAAUCAGCUGUCCGAACGGCUGCACAUGGACAAGGAGGUGAUUCGUGUGUGGUUCUGCAAUCGGCGGCAGAAGGAGAAGCGCAUCAAUCCGUCGCUCGAUCUGGACAGUCCGACGGGCACGCCGCUCAGCAGCCACGCCUUUGGCUAUCCACCGCAGGCGCUCAACAUGUCCAAUGUUCACCUCGAAGCUGGUUCGGGUUCCCUCUGCGGCAGCUCCAUCAGUUCCGGCGAGUGAACCCCUAACCCG